AUGAAGCCGGCGGCGGCGGCCGGCGCGCUUUCUUUCGCGCUCGCGGCGAAAGCGAAUGACGACCUCGAGAACGUUCAGAUCAAGUGCGCUCAGCUCACUGUCACCAUCAUUCCCGGGAUCGAAGCACCAAUCCAUUGCCUGCGCAUUGUACAAUGGCGCCCACAAAUUUGGCUACCAGUAAAACCUCAGUCCACUCAACAUCUCGCUGGGGAACGAACAAUCAUGUCGCCAACAUUUGUGUCUACAAGCAAGCAGAUUAUGUCUGGCGGCACGGGCUCCUUGCACAAACUCGUUGGCAAGCACUGA